AUGGUCGAAGCUCCAACAGCAUCUUCUUCUACACAGCAAGAAUCUUCUCCAUCACAACCAGCAUCUGAUUCACAGCAACAAGCACCUAUGGGUCAAUCCUCGUCCUCUUCACAAGAAGCAUCCAACACAUCGGCUACCGAUGCAACUACGUCGACCUCUACAGCCGCUCCAGCACAACCAACAGGAUCAGAGACAACUUCAGAGGAUAAUAAGCAGGCAACGGUUGAUAAGGACAAUGCUGGUACUACCACUGACAACAACAACAGCAACACCAACACCACGCCUGCAAACAAUACAUCUUCCACAGCAGCAGCUGCUGCACCAGCAUCAACAUCAUCAGCAGCACCAGCAUCAUCAUCUUCUACACCUGCCUCUACAACAACAACAUCCAAUCCACAACCUACUACUACUACUGCUACUAUAAACGCUCCUGCUGCUGCCGCAUCAACAUCCACAUCAGGUGGUACCAAUACCAAUACAGCAACGACUACCACUGCUACCACAACAGCAUCUGCAGCACCUACUGAACCUCCACAAGUAAUUCGUCAGAAAUACGAGGAAGCCAAAUUAGAGUUGCAGGCGCUAUUGAGUCGUAAAAAGCAAGUCGAUACCAACCUGAUCAAUCUCGAACACGCCAUUUAUCUAUUUGAAGGGUCGUAUUUGGAGGAUACUCAACAAAAUGGCAACAUCAUUCGCGGCUUUGAAGGAUACUUAACCAAUCGACCUGAUAAGCGAAAGCAAAAGUUUACAGAAUUGGAUCGGCUGUUUUCUCUAUCAUCUUCCACAUAUCAAAAGGCUCUUGCCCAAAAGGAGGAGAAAGAGGAAUCGAGCCAAGACGAUCGAUCCACGCAUAGCUCGGUUGGGUCGAUGUCUAUGAGAAAGGAAAAGAGAGCUCGUCAUUAUUAA